ACCCCUCCCAUGCAGUGGGCGGAGCCUGUUGUUGUUUAGCUGAGAAGGGCCUUUAUAUAAAAGGAGACGGAUGAGUGAGCUGCAGUCUUAGAAGCUUGAUCGGUGGUGCAGGAGCACAGACUAUUCCAGAAGAUUCUGUCUCAACAAUCAGCGUUACGCGACCACAGAACGAGAACGCAAGGGGGGGUUAUUUUCAGUUCAUUGCUCAGUUUGACCCAUUUCCUUUGUGAAAAUGCUCUAGGCUCUCUGCUGGACUGAGACCGUCUGAGAAGGACAGGAAGAAAAGCAGAAACGAAGAAGGCGAUUUCGAAGCAUUUGUUUCCUGAAGCAGGGUUCAUUCGUGUCCUCACGCUGGGGAAGGCAAAACGGACGCGUCUCAGCCCCUCCUGCCCUUUACAUUCUCUAACCUCUCAAGUCCUCCGGAGGAUCCGUCAACGGGCUUCAGUCAUGCAUCUGAAAACCAUGAAGUGUAACCCUUUCUGCCUUAUCGCUUCCUUGGAGGAUCCAGAUAUGUUUAACAGACCUGAGCAGAGGGCAAGUUUUGAGGAUCUGUUCCGUGCCUUUGACCGAAACGUCACCUUCCAGUACUUUAAGAGUUUUCGCCGGGUGAGAAUUAAUUUCACCAAUGCUCUGGCCGCUGCAGAGGCAAGAGCAAAGCUGCACAAAAGUGACUUUAAUGGCAGGGAGGUGCGACUCUAUUUUGCCCAGUCUGUGCACAUUGGCAGUCCACACCUGGAGCCUCCUAAACCAGAUAAGCAGUUCCUUCUGUCCCCUCCUCCAUCACCACCUGUUGGUUGGGAGCAGUCAAAGGAUGCCACACCUGUCAUUAACUAUGACCUACUGUGUGCCAUCGCCAGGCUGGGGCCCGGUGAGAAGUAUGAACUCCAACCAGGAACUCCCACCACUCCCAGCGUGGUUGUUCAUGUUUGCGAAAAUGAUCAAGAACGCUCAGGAAGUGAGGAGGAUAUGGACGGAGACAGCCGUCCACAUCCAAAAAUCAUCCAGACCCGUCGACCAGAAUACACUCCCUCUGUCAUGCAGUGAUCUUAGGGAACCUUUCAUUGUGACAUAAUCUUUGCUUUACUAUCACAGGACCCUCUGGGGGAUCUGCUGUGGCAUGCAGUUGGUCCUCCAGACAACCAGAGGACGCCUUAAGACAGAACCUCAGCCCUGUAGAGAGAGACAUAAUGUAAAUGUCCACCAUCAGGGCAAAGGGGUUCAUUGCAUGCAUUCAAUGGUAGAGUGACUCAUUUUUUUGCAGGCUGGGGGUUUUCAAGAGUGCUUCAUUGGUAACUGUGGCCAUGGAGAACAUGAGUGUCCUAUUGUGUAGUGGUUUUUGUAUCUUGGGAAGCAUGUUGAAUCCCAGUCAGUGAGUGUGAUAAUAUGAUUAGUUUAUAUUUCUUUUUAAUUUUAGCUUGAUAUUUUCAGGCCCUUGUUGAAUCAAGAUUACUAGAACUUGAACUAGAUUAAAUACUGACUAUGAAGUAAAUAUUUUGUCAUAAAAUUUGGGGGGCUGUUUUUCCCAUUCAUAUGUCAAUUGUAAAUUUUGUUCCACCAUGUGCCUCAGCAUGUUCAUAAAUUACAGAAUCACGAUUAAGAGCUCUCGGAUAUAAAAAGAAAAAUGUUUUAUUUGACUAGAUAUCUACAGCUUAAGAUUGAGCUUUUUUUUAUAAAUUUUCCUCUGGGGGAAGGCGAGUUAUACAAGAGUCCAUUGUUUAAACGUUGUUUUAAAAUCCUAAGGAUGUACUGAAAGGCAAGGUCCUCAAUUUCAGGCGCUUGAGUUGUUUGUAGGACCAUAACACUGUAAUUAGUUUUGAUGGAGGACUGUUACACUCUUUACCAGGAUGAACACCAAUUGAUUUCAAUACAUUGAGCUUAAUAAUGUAUUUCUGAUGCCUUUUACUGUUUGUUAUGUCUGUAUAUAAUGGUAUAUGCGUUUUUUUUUUUUUUUUACUUUAUUUUGAAACUGUCACUGGUUCGACAAAGGCUUGGGUGUUUGUCCUGUCAUACAUAAAUAACAGCCAUAACAUGUCAUUAAAACAAGUUUUUUUCUUCAAA